UCAAACGAUGGACUAAAAAAGCACGGGCUGAAACUGUGAAAGAUAGGCGUGGGUAUGAUGUGAAGGCUGAUGUCAAACUACAUCAAAGCGACCGAUAUAGGUCAUUGAUGAAUAUGUUUAGAGCUAUAGCAAGUAGAGCUGCCGAAAGUGAAGAAACUUAUCAUUUGUCACUUGCAAAAGGUGAAGAACUGAGUGUCAUGGUUGAAGACAAAUUACGUGUGCACACUUUUGGUCAAGUGGAGAUCAUUGAAUUCAGAAAUUCCUCAGCUAACACAUGCCCACAGAGUGAUGAAGUAGAUUGUCCAAUCCAAGCCAAGGGACUGAAGAAAAGACAAGCAACUACUAAGGGAAGAAGGAGGAUCAAGGGCGGGAUGGAAAAAUAUAUUGCGAAGAAGAAAAGAAUGCAAUCUAAGCAGGGUGAUAGUUUUUGUACUCUUGAAGGUCAAUAUGAGCCUCCUGUUACCAUGGGUAAUAUUUCUAGUCAGGAUGGUUUUUUUUCCACUUAUCAAGGUCAAUCUCAACCUUCUUCCGACAUGGGUAAUCAUUCGAUACAGGGUGUUUACACUCCACAAAGGCAAUCUCGACCUCCUUUUGCCAUGGGUAGUAAUUAUGUUGAG